UCCAGAGUUCCCUUGGGAAAAAUAUUAAAUCCAAAUAACGGAUUGAAUUCCUACACCCAAUUUUUUGAGUGUGUGCACGUCGCCCUAAACUAUAAAGUUCCUUUGGGUGUUGUGCUUGAGAGAGUUGUGAAAGUAUUGGAACAAUCACGUUGCACAGAACUUGAAGACCCAAAGGAAAAGAAAAGGGAAAGAAAGCUAGACUUUAUAACUCAUCAGCUGAAACUGUUGACUCACAAACAAUUUUCUGUAAGCGAUUACUGUUUCGCUAUCGAAUCGUUUCCCCGCUGCAGUUAUGAAUAACUAAGAGACAUUUUGGUCUUGCCAAGCACAAGAAAAAUAAAGUCUGUUGUCGAUACAGUCCACUUGUUAAAAUGCAUUCGAAACAAUUGGAUUACAGAAAAAUCGCAGAGAUUGACACUUGAUAAUAUGACUGUAGGACUGUAGGAUCAUUCUCAGAUGUUAAAAAUCUUUAUGAAUUAGAAAAAAACAGCAUCCUUAAAACCACGCGACUUACAUAUGCCUCUGUCAACCCAUCAAAACUACAACUUCAAAAUGUGCAACAUGUAUUAAGAAUUUUCAAUAAAAAGGUUAUUGCUGGGCUGGCACUGCAAGAGUGUUAUGCCACCGCAGAGUUCAUUCAGUUUGUUCUAAACUGGUGGAAUACUGUAAAUGUAUCUGCCAAGGGACAGGACAUUCGUAUGAAGGACCCACACAGAGCUGCUCAGGUGUUAGCGUCUGAUAGUCUGGACACGUAUGCCAAGAAGUUUGAAGAAGCAAUGUCAGGACAGGGAGUGUCUCGAAAGGAAUGCCUCACCCACGACACCAAGAAAGCUCUGGUACAAACCAUGCGUGGACUCAGUGCCGUGACAAAACACUUAUUGUCAUCAGGAUUUCAAUAUGUGCUGCUGCGUGAGAUACAGAGCGAUCGCAUUGAAGGCGAAUUUUCCGUUUACAGGCAGUCCACCGGGGCCAACGCGUUCAUGACAGCAGGAGAUGUUAUCUCGGCAUGCAAGAAGCGCCUCGCUAGGCAUCCAGUAUCUUUUCUCGAGAGUAUUGAUGUCAUAGCUGAUGAUUCCCCAUCAACCUCUGACAAACAUCUGUGUUGUGGGCCUUUGGUUGCUGCUGAUGGAGAAGCCAUUGAGAGUAGCUUCUCAGAUGUUACUCUGACAGCCAACGAAGAAAGCUGCUGUGCCUAUGUAGCAGGAUGGCUGGAGCGAAAAUGUAUUGAUGACAUCACCUUCAGCGAUGAUGAGCCAUUCGUCUCCACAGAAGUGAAGAACUUUUUAGAGGAAGUGUCCAGAGGCUCCCUUAAAACCCCCAUAUGUCUACGUAUGAACUGACUAGGAUUGGACUUUCCUUUAUAAAGAAAGCAAAACAUAGAGUUCGUUGUCGUCAGAGACUUGUUGGAAUUCUAUCAACCAUGGGGGAAUUUCACGACUUCGACAUCGUUCAGUCCAAGAAACUGCUCCGUCAUCUCGCAAGUGUCUUACUCCGCGGUCUGCACAAUCUAGACAAGGAUCACCAAAAGGAUGCAGCCCUGCUACAGACAUCCAUCAAGAAGGCACGUAUGGCGGAUUGACUUAGUGAGUAAGCCUAAUUCUUGUUGUUGUAUUCGUUAACAUUUUUAAAUGCUCUUCAUACUAAUAUUCCUGCAUGACAUAACAAAAAUAUAGAAAUAACAUGUAUUACUAUGCUACAAUAUUGCGUUCAACAACAUUACAACAUGUUUUAGCUUUCUCACACUCAAUAUGAAAUGUAUCUUGUGCCUAGUGAUAAGUUGGACAUGUUUAUAUAUUUGGCCUUCGCUAGCCAAGUCAGGAAUCCGACGGUGCACGUCCUUGAGUAUAGUAGUCCUUGGCAGAUACCAAAACUGUCAGAUUAAUU